GAGCUUUUUCUUCUUAUAUUGAUUUCAAUAGUAUUUCGUUACAAAGUGAAGAGUGUGUAUGUAAUAAUAUAGGGAAAACAAGGCUUUUUAUAGACUACAAGUGAAGGGGCAAACUCAUCUUUUCAAGACUGUCUUGCCUCAAGGUGAGAUGGUAUUUUGUCAUUUUAGAUCUUUAAAUCACUACAAAAAAGCGUCGGUUUACCGGAGGCAGCUCCGCCGCCGGCGAUUACUGGCGGCUUUCCGACGGCGGAGCGGCCGACCCGUAAAUUUUAAAUAUAUGGCGUACAUACCGGCGGCAAAAUCGCCGCCGGUAAAUAUUAAGGCCGCCGGGAAAUGUCUAUUAAUUUUUUUUAAUGUUUAACAAAUAGCGGCGGCAUCUGCCGCCGAUGAUUAGCGGCGGUAAGAUUGCCGCCGGUAAAAGGAGAAUGCGGGUCGGGCUUUAGCGGCGGCAAUGGGCCGCCGCUAAUUUUUAAGCCCAAAUUCGGGCUUCAAGCCCUAACCCUCUCCAGAUCCAAAACACCCCCCCUCCCCUCCAGCCCCCCUGCCCUGCCGCUGCCCUGCUGCUGCCUGCCGCCUGUCGCCGUCGCCGUCGCCGGUCGCCUCCGUCAAGGCCAAUCCUGCCGCCUCACCGCUCCUGCCACCGCACGGUUCCGCCGUCGACUCCCACGAAUUUGAAAGAAUGAGUGAUAAUCGAUCGUGGAUGUACGCGAGAUACAAUGAUCGUGCUGCAUUUGAAACGGGACUUGAGAGUUUCCUUGAGUUUGCAAUAAAUCAAACAGCGUAUACAGAUGAAAUUGGUAACAUUAGGUGCCCGUGUAGGAAGUGUAAGAAUAAAGUCUUUGCAUCUGUACCUACAGUCAGAGAACAUGUUACUAGGCGUGGAUUUGUCCACAAUUACACGAACUGGUGUUAUCAAGGGGAAGCACCAGUGUAUAUGCCGGCAGAACAUACUAUAAUGGAUGAGGAUGAUGGGUCAUACAGUAAUUACCAAAGGAUGGUGCAUGAUCAUGCUGGACCUAGUAAUUAUCAAGAUCCUCCAAAUCUUGAGGAGCCGCCUAAUCCUGACGCUCAACAAAUUUAUGACAUGUUGAACGCAGCCGAUAGUCCUCUAUACCCUUCCUGUGACACUUACUCACAGUUAUCCUGGAUUACACAGAUGAUGAGCAUAAAGGUUGAAAAUCACAUGUCAGAGAGAUGUUUUAAUCAGAUAUCUGAGAUGGUUCAAAACGCUUUAUCGAAGGAUAACAACUGCCCUGACAGCUUUUACAGUACGAAGAGAAAUCUGCGCGGGUUGGGUUUGCCGCACGUGAGACCGAACGAGCAGCACGUGAGGCCCUUGAGCAGCGGAUGAGUCAGUUCGAGGAGAUACUGAGGCGGUCGGGUCAGCUACCUUGAGCAUCACUUUUAUGUAUCUAUAUCAUGUUGAACUUUUUUUUUUUUUUUAUGUUAUGUUUCUGAACAAACACAAUUACACUUGAACUUUGUUUAACAUUUGUGUUUUGUUGAACAAUUUAAUUGUUUUAUGUUUUCAAAUCGUCCUAUUUAUUGUGAGUGAAU